CGCUGCUGCUGCCGCAGCUGCUGCUGCUGCUACACUCAGCGGCUGCCUCUGUCUUGAGGACCCCAGUGCCUCUCCCUCGGGCCAUGCUGCCUGCUACCACAGCCUCCCUCUUGGGGCCCCUCCUCACUGCCUGGGCUCUGCUGCUGCCUUUCACCCAGGGUCAGAGCCCCAACUACACCAGACCUGUGUUCCUGUGUGGAGGGGAUGUGACUGGGGAGUCGGGUUACCUGGCAAGCGAGGGUUUCCCUAACCUCUACCCCGCCAAUAAGGAGUGCGUCUGGACGAUAACGGUCCCUGAGGGCCAGACUGUGUCCCUCUCCUUCCGAGUCUUUGACCUGGAGCUGCACCCAUCCUGCCGUUAUGACGCUCUCGAGGUCUUUGCCGGGCCUGGAACCUCAGGUCAGCGGCUCGGACGCUUCUGCGGGACCUUCCGGCCAGCGCCCUUAGUCGCCCCCGGCAACCAGGUGACCCUGAGGAUGACAUCGGACGAGGGCACGGGAGGACGAGGCUUCCUGCUCUGGUACAGCGCGCGGGCCACCUCAGGCACUGAGCACCAAUUUUGCGGGGGGCGGCUGGAGAAGGCCCAGGGAACCCUGACCACGCCCAACUGGCCCGAGUCCGAUUACCCCCCGGGCAUCAGCUGUUCCUGGCACAUCAUCGCGCCCCCGGACCAGGUGAUCUCACUGACCUUCGGGAAGUUUGACCUGGAGCCCGACUCCUACUGCCGCUACGAUUCGGUCAGCGUGUUCAACGGCGCCGUGAGCGACGACGCCAAGCGGCUGGGGAAGUUCUGCGGCGACACAGCCCCGGGUCCCAUCUCCUCCGAAGGGAACGAGCUCCUCGUCCAGUUCGUCUCGGACCUCAGCGUCACGGCCGACGGCUUCUCGGCCUCCUACAGGACCCUGCCGCGGGGCGCCACCGAAGGAGGGCCAGGCCCGGGCCCGAAGCCCGGAGUCGGGCCCAAAGUCAAGCCCGAAGUCCCACCUGAGGAGAAACCGAAGGCCGCGCCUAAGGCAGAGGCAACUCCGGUGGGCCCCGAUGCACCCAGUGUCUCCUGCCCAAAACAGUGCCGGCGGGCAGGCACCUUGCAGAGCCACUUCUGUAACAGCGACCUGGUGGUGACGGGAAUGAUGAAGUCCAUGGUUCGGGGCCCAGGGGAGGGCCUCACAGUCACUGUCAGUCUCACUGGUGUUUACAAAACCGGAGGCCUGGACCUGCCCUCUCCCCCCACUGACACCUCCCUGAAGUUUUAUGUGCCCUGCAAGCAGUGCCCCCCCAUGAAGAAAGGAAUCAGUUAUCUGCUGAUGGGCCAGGUGGAAGAAAACAGAGGUCCGAUCCUUCCUCCAGAGAGCUUCGUGGUUCUCUACCGGCCCACCCAGCACCAGAUCCUCACCAACCUCAGCAAGAGGUGCCCCUCCAAGCCUGUUCAGGCUGCUGUAUCCCAAGCCUGAGCCCAGGCCAGCCUCCGGACCCUGGCCCUAGGGACCCCUUUCUUAUUCAAAUAAAUGUUUCUAGACUUGAGGAAGGGG